GGGACUGCAGAGGCGCACGGUGCCAGAGCCAGGACCACUGGGAGCCUCUGCAAGCGCAACAACAGCCGACACGCCGAGAAGAAGUGCCCUUUUUCUUAUUACUUCUAUUUCUCUGAAGAACAAGUGUGCAGGGGGGGAGACAGAGAGAGACGCAGGGCUAUGACACGCGAGUAGAGAGUAGAGUUUGUGAGUGUUAACGCAGACGGAUCCUUGUUGUAUUCACCCCACCAAGAUGAAUAAAGACCUGAAGAGCCUGCGACGGCUCGCCGAGCCUCUGCUCCUCCUCGCCCUGUGCGUCGCGGUGCAGCGAUCCGACUCUGCGGCCUGCCAUGGCUGCGUGGGAUCUAAAUGUGACUGCAGCGGAGUAAAAGGAACCAAGGGUGAGCGUGGUUUCCCAGGUCUCACCGGACAGCCAGGAGUCCCAGGAUUCCCCGGACCUGAGGGGCCGAUCGGCGGCAGAGGAGAGAAGGGUAGUGAUGGAACUUCAGGACAAUAUGGUCCAAAAGGAAUCAGAGGGCCGUCUGGAUUGCCAGGAUUCCCAGGAACACCAGGACUUCCUGGUCUGCCCGGGCAGGACGGACCUUCAGGCCCGAGAGGAGUGCCAGGUUGCAAUGGGACAAAGGGUGACAUAGGUUUCCCAGGAAAUUCAGGAAUUCCCGGACAGCAAGGGCGAUCGGGUCCACCUGGUCUGCCAGGACAAAAGGGUGACCCAGGUGACGUGAUCUCCACCAAUCGCUUUGGAGAGAAAGGAGCAGUGGGAUUGCCCGGAUUACCAGGAAUUCCUGGAACUUCCGGACCCGGCGGUUUGCAGGGUCCACUUGGUCCUCCAGGACCCAGGGGCUACGAGGGUCGUCCAGGUCCUCCAGGUAGUCCCGGACCAAAGGGAAACAUGGGAUUGAACUUCCAAGGGCCCAAAGGAGAGAAGGGUGAAAUAGGUCUGGCAGGACCUCCUGGUCCUCCAGGGCAAGUUGGAGAACAGAAGAGACCACCUGAGACGGAGAUUCAGAGAGGAGACAAGGGUGACCCAGGUUUUACUGGUCUCCCGGGUGAACAAGGAUAUCCAGGCCCCCCUGGUCCCUCAGGUGGCCAGAAAGGAGACAAGGGAGAACUAGGUGAAGCAGGAAAACGAGGCAAACCAGGCAAAGAUGGAGACCCCGGUUCUUCAGGCUUCCCCGGAUCCAAAGGAGAGUCAGGCCUGCCAGGUCCUGCAGGCAGAGAUGGAGAGAGAGGACUAAAAGGUGAUCGUGGAUACCCAGGCCCACCAGGGGUGGUGCUCGGUCCUUCGUCGGGAGGUCUGGUCGGCCCUAGAGGUGACAGAGGCUACCCCGGAUCACCUGGAAUGAAAGGAGACAGAGGACCAUCAGGUUUAUCAGGACCUCCAGGUGCACCAGGACUUCCAGCUACCGGUGGUGGCGGUCAGUCCGGAUCUCCAGGCUUCCCAGGAGAGAGAGGGCAGAAGGGAGACUUCGGCCCCCCAGGGCUGUCUUUGCCAGGUCAGCCGGGACGUGAGGGCUCUCCUGGUUCCCAGGGCCAACCGGGGCUCCCCGGACCUCCAGGCUUUUCCACGUCAAGACAAAACUGCGUCACUGGAGAGCCCGGGCGUCCCGGCCUGCAGGGAGAGAGAGGCUUCUCAGGAGGGUCUGGCCAGAAAGGUGAAAAGGGCAACACCUGUGUGAACUGCUUCGGCGAUACCACCGGCAUCCCCGGACCACCAGGACCUGCAGGACAGCCCGGAUUCCCUGGAUCUCCUGGCAUCAAUGGUAUCAAAGGAGACCGAGGAUAUCCAGGAACACCUGGUGCCGUUGGACCCCCUGGUUCCUCCGGUCCUCAAGGUUCUCCAGGAUUCCCUGGAGAGAAGGGAGACCCAGGCGAUGCCAUCUCAGUCAGCGGCGUGAGGGGAGAGAAGGGCGACAGCGGUUUCCCCGGAUCACCCGGUCUUCCCGGUCUGGACGGUCGACCCGGUCGCGACGGUCAGCCAGGAAGUCCCGGAGCCAAAGGAACACCCGGCUCUCUGCUGGUGAAAGGAGAACGAGGAACCCCCGGUGAGCCAGGCUCCCCAGGUAUACCGGGAGACAGGGGUCCUCCAGGAGGCCCUGGUUUUGGACCUCAGGGAUCCUCAGGAGAGAAAGGCGUCCAGGGCGUCUCAGGAAGACCCGGAGGUCCCGGUGCACCCGGUGGGAAAGGAGAACCGGGCCUGGCGGUGGCUGAGAAAGGCUUACCAGGAACCCGAGGACUGGACGGCUCACCAGGACUGCCCGGCUUACCAGGUAGCCCGGGUCAGCCCGGACAGAAUGGUUUCCCUGGUUUACCAGGAAUGAAGGGGGAUCCUGGACUCCCCGGCAUCGGACUCCCAGGACCCCCAGGAGUCAAAGGAUUCCCAGGUAUCAACGGCCAGCCAGGAUCUCCUGCAGGACCAGGUAGACCGGGAGUCGAUGGACUCCCUGGCCAGCCUGGAUUUCCUGGAUCCAAGGGUGAGCCUGGCUUUGGCCUUCCUGGCCCUCCAGGUUUACCAGGAGUACAUGGAUCUAAAGGUUUCUUUGGACCAAAAGGAGACUCUGGCUUCCCUGGCAGCCCCGGUUCACCUGGACGAUCUGGAUUUGAUGGAUCUCCGGGAUCUAAAGGUGAUUCCGGUACACCUGGUAUACCCGGAGCUCGUGGCCCACCUGGAUCCGCUUCCAGCGGCUCACUGGGGCAGCCAGGACCACCUGGACCCCCUGGCCCAAUGGGACCACCAGGAUUUCCCGGAUCAAACGGAGGGAAGGGAGACCCCGGCCCUCCAGGUCUAGACAUCCCAGGUCUGCCAGGAGACAGAGGAAGUCCCGGUUUCCCAGGUUCCCCUGGAUCAGCCGGAGCGCCAGGAUCUCUUGGAGGACCUGGACGGGAUGGCCUGCCUGGACUGCCAGGUCAGAAAGGAGACACGGGUUCCAUGGGAUCCCCAGGACCUCCUGGAGGACCAGGAGGCCCAGGAGGGCCCGGCGCUUCUGGACUCAAAGGUGAACUUGGAUUCCCGGGCAGAGACGGCAAUCCUGGCGGUCCCGGUUUCAAAGGAGACAAAGGUGAGUCUGGCCUCCAGGGACCCCCAGGAAGCAGCCAGCCAUCAUCGGUUACAAAAGGAACCAAAGGAGAACCUGGACUACCAGGUGGACCAGGUUUUUCAGGUCAGAAAGGCAUCCCUGGUCUCUCCGGUGACCCCGGGCUGUCAGGAUCUGAUGGACGUCCUGGACUUCCUGGACCACCAGGUCCCAAGGGAGAUCCUGGCAGUUCAGGAGGCCCAGGUAGUCCUGGAGGUCCAGGAUCAAAAGGCGGCAUGGGAGAAAUGGGUUUCCCAGGACCAUCAGGGCAGAAGGGUCUACCAGGUCAGUCAGGUAGGUCUGGAUCCCCAGGACAGCCAGGAGGACCUGGUUUCCCUGGAGCCAAAGGUGAACCAGGCUCUGCUGGAAUCGGACCACCUGGACUAUCUGGACAUAAGGGUGAACCAGGUCAGCCAGGGUUCCCAGGAAGUUCAGGACUUAAAGGAACACCAGGAUCACCCGGUCUCCCAGGUAUACCAGGAGGCCCAGGUCCCAAAGGUGACCUCGGACUCCCAGGAUUCCAAGGUUCUCCGGGUAACCCUGGUCCGAAGGGUCUCGACGGUGGGCCCGGUGGCCCAGGUCUCACUGGAGCUCCCGGUAGACCAGGAGAAUCUGGCCGACCAGGAGGACCAGGGUUUCCAGGAGACAAGGGCCAGGCAGGUCGGGACGGGAUCCCAGGACCGGCUGGAAUCAAAGGAGACCCAGGGCUUCCUGGUUAUGGUGGACCCGGUGCUUCAGGUCUUCCAGGGUUGCCAGGUUCAAAGGGAGACCCAGGUCUUCCCGGCCCAUCUGGCAACCCCGGUUUCCCAGGAUCCAAAGGAGAGGCUGGUUACCCCGGAUCUCCUGGUCCUUCAGGCAACCCCGGUCCUGCUGGGCCUCCAGGACAGGUGCUGCAGGGUCCCAAAGGACUCCAAGGACCCCCUGGGCCACCAGGAAGAGGAGGUCCCUCAGGUCCUCCAGGUUCACCUGGCCCACAGGGUCCCCGUGGGCCCGCAGGAAGCGGCGGCGUUAAGGGAGAGAAGGGGAUCCCCGGGGCUCCUGGACAGCCGGGCUUCGGGGGACAGAAGGGAGACAGUGGCGUUCCCGGAUUCUCAGGUCCCUCUGGUCUUCCCGGUAGUCCUGGUCUGAAGGGAGAUAUCGGUCUGCCUGGCGUUCCUGGAUUCCCUGGACCAAAGGGAGACUCGGGAAUCCCCGGUGGCAGUGGUCUUCCUGGAGAUCCUGGAGAUCUCGGACCCACUGGCCCUCCUGGUGACCCCGGCGUGGCUCAACCCAUCACUUCGGUGAAGGGAGAUCGAGGACUCCCUGGUCCUCAGGGCCUGCCCGGUGGUCGAGGACUUCCUGGUUCCUCUGGGCGAGACGGACUUCCAGGUCAGCCUGGUGGUCCCGGGGACCCUGGUCUGGAGGGUCCUCCAGGAUUCAGCGGCCCACCCGGCAGGAAGGGAGAUAACGGACCCGCCGGUCAGCCUGGUCAGCGUGGCUACUCUGGUCCCCCUGGUUCAGACGGUCCACAGGGAGUUCCCGGUCCUCCAGGAUCGGUCUCUGCGGCCCACGGCUUCCUCAUCACCCGACACAGCCAGGGUCAGGAGGUGCCCUACUGUCCCGACGGAACUGGCCUCAUCUACGACGGCUACUCCCUGCUGUACGUGCAGGGCAACGAGAGGGCACACGGACAGGACCUCGGCUCGGCCGGCAGCUGUCUGCGCAGGUUCAGCACCAUGCCCUUCAUGUUCUGCAACAUCAACAACGUCUGCAACUUUGCCUCCCGCAACGACUACUCCUACUGGCUGUCCACGCCUGAGCCCAUGCCCAUGUCCAUGGCCCCCAUCACCGGAGAGGGCAUCAAGCCUUACAUCAGCAGGUGUGCAGUGUGUGAAGCUCCAGCCAUGGUGAUCGCAGUCCACAGUCAGACCAUCCAGAUUCCCACUUGCCCGUCAAAUUGGGAAGCUCUGUGGAUCGGAUACUCCUUCAUGAUGCACACCAGUGCGGGUGCGGAGGGCUCCGGUCAGGCCCUGGCCUCCCCCGGCUCCUGCCUGGAGGAGUUCCGCAGCGCACCCUUCAUCGAGUGCCACGGCAGAGGGACGUGCAACUACUACGGCAACUCCUACAGCUUCUGGCUGGCCACCGUAGAACCAUCCGAGAUGUUCAGGAAGCCCCAGUCGGAGACUCUCAAGGCGGGUAACCUACGGACGCGUGUCAGCCGCUGCGUGGUCUGCAUGAAGAGGACGUAACGGCACACAGCAACAUGCAAAACCCACCGCUGCCGGGGACGCACGAUCAAUAACACGAGAUGAUUGGUUGACGGGGGACAAGUCGGGGGGGGGGGAGGGAGACGGACGAAGAGGUGGAACUCCAAUGGUGCAUUGUCUUCCGGAUACAAAACAUCUUACAACUUUAAACAAUGGUGCUACUGUGCAACACAGCUUAAAAAAAAAGAAAAUUUAAAAAAGAAAGACGUAAAUAAAUCUUACAUUUAUUCUUUGUUUCUCUUAAGAAGUACCUCAAAAUGAAAGCAGACAAAUAUCCACUUAAAGGUGCCAUGAUGAGUGUGACAACAAAAAGUGCAUUUUUUUCAUCCUUCUCCCUUCUUUCUCAUCGUUUCCUUUCUCUUCUUAAAAAAAACAAAAAACAAUCACUUUUGAAAAUGUGAUUCUGAACCAUUUCUAGGCAGAAGUGCUCUUUUCUUUUUUUGUUUUGUUUUUGGCCUUAUUGAUGAGGAGUGGAUUACCAAAUCGGCACUUUGACUUCGGAACAUCCAAGAUGAGAGAUGCACUGACGAUGAGCUUUUCCUUAGUGAGACUGACUUUUUUUUUAUUACUAGCUCUUCAUUCACAUGCUCUUUCUCUCUCUUUCUCCGUCAUUUUUCCUGUCGUUUAACGUUACAUUUGGUGGUACUAACCCUGCUGUAGCCCCGCCUCCUAACCAUCAGCCUGAACACCUUCUCCCUCUUUAUCUUUUUUUUUUUUUGUAAGUAAUAAAAUGUGUAUAUUGUGUAAAACACCUUUCUCUUCUUAGUGUAGAAGGUCCUGAAUCGCUACCAGCUGUUUGUUAUAAGACAAACUUUCCAGGUUCUUUUUCGCUCACACACACUCACGCGUUCACACACAGAUACACACAUUUACAUCAAUGCUCACUGACACACAUCCACCCAGAUAUUGUACAAAGUAAGGCUUUUAUGAAUGAAACAGUAUUUUAUAUAUAAUAAAUAUAUAUUUGAAAAAAAAAGAGGAUAAAAAGGUAUAUGAACUUUAUUCGGCUGCAUGGAGAUUGUUCGCCGUUUUCAAACGCAAAGGUCGGGCAUUUCACCGAAUUAUAAAGCCAACUACUGAGCGUAGAUGGAGCCGUUUUCCCUAAAACACAACAGUCUUGUAUUAUACCAACGAUGCCAAUCGCUUCAACCUUUUGUACUAAAUUUGUAGAAUGUUGAACUGAAAUAAAGGGGAUUUGCUUUGUAGGUAGUGUGAUGAUUGGGGAACGUUACAGAUAUUUGUGCAAAAAAAACAAAACAGAUUUGGAUUAAAUCUUGGCUCCUUAAUUAGAGAAGCUCCAUUUGUUUUGUGUUUUUUUUAAGACAUUUCCAGGUGCUGGGCUUUGCUUGUAAAAAGAAGGCCUGAGGGUUUUUUGGGCCCGUCUUACACCCGAAACCUUCAAAUCACCUUUCGCUGGCUUGAAUAUGUAUCCAGAAUGGGUUAAAGUGCUCACACGCCACCCUGUUGAAACGUAGAGGAGAGUGUCUGGCCUUUUACAUCAGCUUCUCUCACAUAAGGUGUUCAGACUCCUGAUGUACUGAAAAUCUACAACAGAUGUUUUUGGGGGAGGGGGGGGGAGACAUUCUGUGAUUUUAUUGUUAUUUUUAUUUUUGCAAAAACUGCUUUUAUUAAUUCUAAUUAUGUCAACCUGGGGUGCGAUUAAAAAUGUGUAUUUGUUUUCUUUUUUUUGUGUUUAUUUUACAUGUUAUGUUAUCCAGAAGUUGUUAUAAACUUUUAAGACUGAAAUAAAUACUAUGUCCAAAG